UAUUGUUAGAUCUGUAUAAUCUAAAUUUCUGUUUUGCUAAAAUAAUGAUUCACUAACUGAAAGGAUAAUUCCAAUGUUGAGAUAAACAAAGCAACUGGUUCUCAAUCGCGCAAAGUUAUAUGUGUACUAACUUAUUUUACACAAGGAACAGCUGCUAAAUGACUGCAGGUUUGUAUCGGACUCAUUGCGUUAGCCGCUAACGAGCUCUCGUUUAUCAUCUAGUCUACGAUUGGAGAAGUUACUUGAGAUUGCUACGGGAAACGUGUAAUUGGGCCAAAUGGAUCGGGCCAGAGGACGAACCUCGAUGGGUAAUUGUCGUAUCCGAAAGCUUGGCGUUUGCGUAAGCGUGGUAAUACUCGGGACCUUCAUCGCUUGUAUGCUAUUAGCGUACACGGCGUUUGCAUCUCUGGUUACCGAACGUGACACUUUACAGCAGGUGGUUUUUCUAUUUCGUCAUGGCGACCGAACUCCUACAGAGACCUAUCCUAAGGAUCCUCAUAUAAAUUACGAUUGGCCCAAUGGCUGGGGCUCUUUGACCAAGAAAGGAAUGCGUCAACUGUAUAACAUGGGUCAAUGGAUACGCUUAAAAUACGGCCCUAUAAUCGGUCGUAAAUUCGAGAGCACAGCCACGCUGAUACGUAGCAGCUACGCGGAUCGGUGCGUCAUGUCGGCACUGGCAUUACUCGCUGGAUUGUUCACACCAAGUCCCGAGGACAUGUUCGUGCCCGGUUUGACAUGGACUCCCGUUCCUGUACACUCGACACCACGGGAAUUAGACAAACUGAUUGUGAUGAAGGCACCAUGUCCAAAGUUAGAGGCGGCUCUAAAACAGGCGUAUAUAGAGGAAGAAAAAAAAUCGGGUGAGAAAAUGGCCGAGUAUUAUAAGAAACUAACGCAGCACACUGGACAGAAUAUGAGCACGAUCACCGACGUCGAGUUUCUUUACAACACCCUCGAGAUCGAAGAGCAACACGAUCUACAGCUUCCAGCAUGGACGCAGAAUUUUUACAACGACGAGAUGCGCGAAAUAGCCGCUCGUAGCCUCGCAAUCUUCACCGAGGGCACUAUCCAAAAACGUCUUCGUGGAGGCCCGCUACUAAAAGAGAUUUUACAUCACAUGGAAGAGAGUAAAGACAAUCUCAAAUCGAAACGACGAUCUUAUUUUUAUUCCGCUCACGACAUAACUAUCGUUAACGUGAUGAGGUCAAUGGGAUUCACGAAUGAGCUUCUUAAACCAGAUUACGGAGCGAUGAUCAUAUUGGAGCUACACUUCGUCAAUAAUGGAGCCGAUCAAGAAGUAAAGGCACUAUAUUUGAAUAAUACGGAAAUGGACAAUGCGCAUCGUUUGGAAAUUCCUAACUGCACGAGUCCUUGCCUAUUGCAAAACCUGAAGCAAGUAUGGCACGAAGUGAUUCCGGAUGAUUGGGACGCAGAAUGUAAAAUGUCUGCGCUCGCCCUCGCGUCCGUCGCGCUCUGUCAAGCGCACCCGUUCAUCCUUGACCGACGGAUACGAGCAAAGAUUGUCAACAUGUUUAGCUGGCUGAGUCGUGAGGAGAAUAGCAAGCAAGAUCUCUUCGAAAAUGUCACCGAAGGCCUUAAGAGGAUAUACAAAUCAAAAUUAUUACCAUUGGAACAGUAUUAUCAGUUCCAUGACUUUCAUUCGCCACAACUUGAUGAUCCUGACUUUGAUGCAAAACCUAUGAUUCUCCUAGUUGGGCAAUAUUCCACUGGCAAAACCACAUUUAUCAAAUAUCUGUUAGAAAGAGAGUUUCCUGGCAUCAGAAUCGGACCAGAGCCUACUACAGAUCGAUUUAUCGCUGUCAUGUAUGAUGAAAAGGAAGGAGUCAUUCCUGGAAAUGCCUUGGUCGUAGAUCCAAAUAAACAGUUCAGGCCGCUUUCAAAAUUCGGCAAUGCAUUCUUGAACAGAUUUCAGUGUUCGACUGUAGCCUCGCCUGUUUUGAAAGGCAUAUCUAUAGUAGAUACACCUGGUAUAUUAUCUGGUGAGAAACAAAGAGUUGACAGAGGCUAUGACUUUACUGGUGUUUUAGAAUGGUUCGCUGAACGCGUAGAUAGGAUUAUUUUAUUGUUUGAUGCUCAUAAGCUCGAUAUCUCAGAUGAAUUCCGCAGAUCUAUCGAGGCCUUACGUGGACAUGAUGACAAAAUUAGAAUUGUUCUUAAUAAAGCUGACAUGAUAGAUCAUCAACAGCUCAUGAGAGUAUAUGGUGCUCUAAUGUGGUCGUUAGGAAAGGUAUUACAAACUCCAGAAGUAGCUAGAGUUUAUAUUGGCUCAUUUUGGGAUCAGCCCUUAAGAUAUGAUGUUAAUAGAAGACUAUUUGAAGAUGAAGAACAAGAUUUAUUCAGAGAUAUGCAAUCGCUUCCAAAAAAUGCUGCAUUAAGAAAACUUAAUGAUUUAAUUAAACGUGCACGCUUAGCAAAGGUACACGCGUACAUAAUAAGUGCUUUGCGGAAAGAUAUGCCGAGUAUGUUUGGUAAGGAUACUAAGAAAAAAGAACUAAUAAAAAAUUUGGGCCAGACUUACGAUCAAAUUCAAAGGGAGCAAAAGAUUUCACCUGGUGAUUUUCCGGAUCUAAAGAAGAUGCAAGAGAGCUUAGCACAUCACGAUUUUAAUAAAUUUAAUCCCCUGAAGCCCAAGUUAUUAGAAGUAGUGGAUAAAAUGCUCGCUGAAGAUAUCGCGAAGCUUAUGGCUAUGAUACCACAUGAAGAAGUCACCACCGUUUCGGAAACACUUACAGGAGGAGCAUUUGAAGGUGUAAAAGAUCAAGUUAGUCCAUUCGGAUAUAAAAGAGGAGAAGGAAUUGAUGCGGGUGCAGGUGAACCAGAAUGGAUUGUCAAUAAAGAAAGAUAUAAAUAUGAUAGCAUGUUUGAAUCACUUGGACCACAAGAUGGAAAAAUUACGGGAGCAGCGGCCAAAUCAGAAAUGGUCAAGUCCAAAUUGCCAAACAGCGUGCUUGGAAAGAUUUGGAAGCUUUCAGACAUUAAUAAAGAUGGAUUUUUAGACUCUGACGAAUUUGCCUUAGCCAUGCAUCUAAUUAAUAUAAAGCUCGAAGGAUACGAUUUACCGGCUGAGCUACCAGAACAUUUAAUACCGCCAUCGAAACGUGACACAUAAUAUACAUUUUUUGUAUUAUAAUACAAAUUAUAAUUUAUCCAUGGUUCACAAUUGGUUAACAUACAUUUGGAACCACGAGAUGGUGGAUAUUAACACGAUUUAUUAGUCGUGUGCUACUGCCAGCAAUUUACAGG